AUGGCGACUUUUCAUUACCAUCCCCAUGACAUGAAUCCCUAUGCUUGGGAUACGCCUUUGAAUUCAUCCUUUCCCAGCGAAAUUGAAUAUAACUCCGUUGAAACGCUUGAGAGCAUAAUAAACGUUCUUUACAAAUGCAGUUCGUGUGUUGGAGGAAUACUGACCUUCAUAUUGUUGUACCUGGUCCUCUUCCGAAGUCGCGGCGAACUGAAACCCUACUCGAAGAUCCUGUUGCUAUGUGGAAUGAGCGAUUUUGGAUAUUGGCUGACAGAUUCGACAGUUCAGUUUGUACGCAAUCACUCUUUGCUAUGAGAAUAUUUUUGGUCAGAUAAUCAUAGUUUAAUUUUUAGGCUUGUAAAAUCAAUGAUGGGGUUUUAUUGGUCAAAAUGAAUGGUCCAGCAAAGUAUUUAAGUUACAAUGGGCAAGCCUUCGCGCUGACUUUAUACGUUAUGCAUCUGACUUUAGUGGCGACCAUCCUACCGAGUCAAUAUUUCAGUCGGUAUUACGCUAUCACAAGGUGAGACUUGGGCAAGACAAGACUUACGAUAUUUCCCGUAAUUUAUUAUACAAAGCCUUGUUCAGAGGUCGGACUUUGACUGGCUGGCAAACCUUUGGCCUUUACUGUCUUUCCAUGUCAGUCUCCAUCCCAAUGGCCUUAACUGCCUAUCCGGGCUAUCGUUAUAGCGGCGAUGGAAGACCCGGAUUUAAUUACGCAACUCUCUGGUAUGACAUGAGGCCAGUUCCGACGCUCUUAGUCGGCGAUACUGUAAGUUUUACAUUCAUUUUGUAAGGGUUAUUUGAAACGAUUACAAUGUCUGAAUUCAGCGUGAUUUCUACAUGCAAACCUAUUUUAUGUUGGCCUUCUUUUCGCUUAGUGGAAGUUAUGUACUGGCUACGUAUUUUGGGGUGCUGACAAUUCGAAAACUCAAACAAAACGCGCAUAUGUACACUGAGAAAACGCAGAAAAUGCAGGAGCAACUAAACAGAACGUUGAUUGCACAAGUGAGUAGUUUGAUUGCAUUGCUAGAUGUUAGAUUAUUUUAAGACAAUCAUCUGUCGGGAAAAUAUUGUGGAUUCGUCUCGACUUGGAAUCGACCAUCAUCGCUUUUAUUUUGCUCCGACUAAUCCAUGCUAUUUUCCCGCCAGACUGAUAAAUCUUAAGUUUACGAGUUUUAAAGAAGAAUGCCUCGCCCAACGUGAUGUUAUCCCCUCCUUGAACUUUAUUCCUUUCCAGAGUAUCCUUCCCUUAUGUGUAUCUGUAGGCCCAGCCAUUGGAAUUGUUGUCCCCUCCUUCACAAGAUUUGAUACUGGUGUUGCUGCGCUUAUAACCGGCAACAUUUUGUCAUGGGUUCCCGUCUUCAAUCCGCUGUUCACUAUUCUGGUGAUAACUCCAUACCGCCGCCAUUUGAAGGCAUUGAUAUUUGGCCCAAUCAACAAGCUGAGUAUGCUCCUUGGACGACCCAGUAUGGUGGUCGAGAUCUCUCCCACUUCCGUCGCAUCUCAGACCAAAUAUACCAGCAAACUAAUGCGUUAA